GUGCUCUCUCUCCUCCUCCUCCUCCCCUUUCUCUCUCCCUCUCUCCUGCCGUUUACUGGUAGACCUCUUUUUCCUGUCGAACGCCCACACUCUAUAAGGUUGUUGGCGGGCUGGAACCGAAAGUAAUCUUGUCUAUGUGUUGCGGUUUUCUGUAUUGUGGGUCUGGCCCGGUAAAUCGACUUGACAGCUCGUGAGAUCUGAAACUUAAUAAACCCGAAUUGGCCAUGAUAAGGGAUAAAUGGAGAAACAUGGGGGGUCAUGCUGGUUUCUUUUAAUUUCUAUGUUGUUGUUGAAUAUGUUGAGCGUGGGAUCUGGGUCUGGUGUUGUAGGUGAUUGGUAGAUUUCUCGGGGGUGGUUUUCUAGAAAAAUUUCAUUUUGAGCAUCGGGUUUUGGUUGGUGCAGCUUUUAAAUUUUAAGGUUUGUGUUAUUCUUGUUGGUUUUCCUUUUCUCUUUUCGGGCUGGGGCACUGGGGAGGUGGCUGUUGGGGAUGGGAGUAGAGACUGGACUAGGACUGGGUGGUGGGUUUUGGAACGAUGAGGAUAAGGCCACGAUUGUGGCAGUUCUGGGUUCUCGGGCGUUCGACUAUUUGACGACGAGCACUGUGUCUUCCGAGGGUCUGAUGACGGCUGUUGGUAAUGACGCGGAUUUGCAAAACAAGCUUUCGGAACUCGUCGACGGCCCAAAUGCUUCAAAUUUUACCUGGAAUUACGCAAUAUUUUGGCAGAUUUCCAGUUCGAAGACUGGGGAGUUGGUUUUGGGUUGGGGAGAUGGAUAUUGCCGAGAGCCCAAGGAAGGUGAAGAGUCCGAAGUUACCCAUGAUCUCAGCCUCCGGGUUGAUGACGAAACUCAGCAGAAGAUGAGGAAGAGGGUUCUGCAGAAACUUCAAACUGUCUUCGGUGGUCCCGAUGAGGAAAGCUAUGCAUUCGGCUUGGACAGGGUUACAGACACGGAGAUGUUCUUCCUUGCUUCUAUGUAUUUCUUCUUUCCUCAGGGUGAAGGGGCCCCUGGUAAGGCGUUUGGAUCAGGGAAGCACCUGUGGAUCUCGGAUGCUCUGAAAUCACCUUUUGAUUACUGCGUCCGGUCGUUCCUUGCGAGGGCUGCUGGGAUCCAGACUAUCGUUCUUGUCCCCACGGAUACUGGGGUGGCCGAAUUGGGUUCAGUGAGAUCCAUUCCCGAGAAUUUGGAGGUAUUGCAAACGAUAAAGUUCAUGUUCUCAACGUCUGCAUCCUUACCUUUCCAGGUCAAACCGCUAGCAGCCGCACCAGUAUUGAACGAGAAGAAAGAUAAUGGUGUCAUUGCAUCGGGCUUUGGUUCGGGGGCACGAACAGAUGAAUUCCCAAAGAUUUUUGGUCAGGAUCUGAACCCAAGUCGCUCUCAGCUCAGUGAAAAGCCUAUUGUUGCGAAGGUGGAGGAGAGGCCCUGGGAAGCCUACGCAAAUGGGAAUGGACUUCCAUUUCAAAACAGCCGGAAGGGUCUUCAUGCUGUUGGGUCUUCAUGGUUUCAUGGUGUAAAACAAGGGGCAACUGCCGAAGUUAUCAGUUCUCAAAAUACAGGAAACAAUCAACAAAAGCUUGGCAACACAGCUUUGAUGAUUAGUAAUGAUGUUGAUCCUGCCCAUCGAUCAUUGGGCCACUGUAAUGGGGUAAGGGAGGACUCUCGGUUGUGCCAAUUUCAGGCUCAGAAGCAGGCACCAAGACAGAUUGAUUUCUCAGGGGCAACUUCAAGGACCUCAGUGAUUGCUCGGCAAAGUACCAUAGAAUCAGAGCACUCAGAUGUUGAGGCAUCAUGCAAGGAAGACCGUUUGGGCCCAGUAGAUGAGAAAAGACCCAGGAAAAGGGGCAGGAAACCUGCAAAUGGAAGAGAAGAGCCCCUUAACCAUGUUGAGGCUGAGCGGCAGCGUCGAGAGAAGCUUAACCAACGAUUCUAUGCAUUAAGAGCCGUUGUGCCCAACAUCUCCAAGAUGGACAAGGCUUCCUUGCUAGGAGAUGCCAUAACCUACAUCACUGAACUCCAGAAGAAGCUCAAGGACUUGGAAUCAGAGAAAGAGAAGUUUGGAAACCAGUCUAGAGACACUGUGGCUUCAGAAGCAAAUUCUUCUGGACAAAAUAGUAAGAGAGGUCUGGACAUUGAUAUUCAAUCCCUYCAUGAUGAGGUUAUUGUAAGGGCAAGCUGCCCUUUGGAUAUUCAUCCUGUAUCAAGAGUUAUCAAUGCAUUCAAAGAGGCAGAGAUCACUGUGGUCGAAUCAAAGAUCUCUGCAGGCAAUGAUACCGUUUUCCACACAUUCGUGGUCAACUCUCAAGGAUCUGAGCAGCUUACGAAGGACAAGUUGGUAACUGCAUUUUCUCGUGAACCCAGCACCUUAUAGCCAUUUCCACGAGUUGGGUAGUAUUGGAUCCAACCCCACAUAGUUCUUAGACUAAGUUUUGGAAUGGAGAGUCCAUUUGAAUUUUGAAAGCUUUAUGGAGGUUUUGUCAUACAAGGGGGGGGGGGUCUAUGUAAACUGAGGUGCUAAUCAGUAGAACAUUACUACCUAGAUUGACUGACUAGUGCAACAGUGUCUUUGGGUUUAUAAGUAUGGGUCUUUUGCCAACUCAGAGCAAUCCUUGCAAGUCAAUAAAUCAGUGCUUCAUUUCAACUGAUAGCAGUUUCAAACUUCACUAGUAUGGAAUUCCAAAGUCAAGGAAGGUUUGGAAAAUUUAUGGAUUUUAUUAAUUCAAUCUUUCAUUGAAGCUCUUUGGAUUCUUGGAAAUGUCAUAACCACAGAAGCAUCUGGAGCUGUAGUGGUACUCUUGGAUUUUCUAAGACAUUUGUUCUCCUGUGGUGAGCGUCAGAAAGUUAUAACAUAAUUUUGUAAAUCUGUUGAGAAAGUAUAGAUGGAUUGUACAUAAAUAUGUGAUGAAUCUACUAAUGCUCCAAUGGAUUUUUUAUAACUCCAAAUGAUUCUUUGUUAAGGCCCCUUGUCACUCCUUUCAGACUCUAAUUCUCUAAGAUUUUCCUAUUCUUAAAAUAACUUUGUCAUUUUCUUUUGCUUGCUUUAUGUUGAUAGUCCAGUCCCCUGCAUUUUCUGCUCACUAUAAUUUAACCCAGAAAUCUGAAAAUUGUAUCAUUGUUAAACCUUACUGUAUUUUUUUCAUAUAUGUGUUAUUUAAUCUAUUGAAACCUGACCCUAGAAUUUCCAUUUCAAGGAUCAAUUGCAAUGAAAGAGAGCAAAAAUUCAGAAAGGGGGAGGGGACACAUAAUUGAUUGGUAAAGGAAAGAAAAUAAAGGCUCUUUACUACUUUUUAAGCAAAUGGUUAAUCCACACAAUUUCUGUGUGGAUUCCUUAAGAUGAUCUCUGCCAAUAUAUAUAUGCUUUCUUAGUCAUAAUGGAUUCCUCUAAUUUUUUGUUAUUUGUAGGGAAAAUAUGGGCAUAUCUAAAAUUGAGCUUGCAAUUGGGGAAUGUGGAUCAAAAUCUUUGUAAAAAUUUUCCUUUGAAGUGAACUUAUGCAGUGGUGCCCACUAGGUCCUCAUUGUAUUUAACCUAUGGCUAGCUAUUUAUAAAUUGACUUUAGACUUCCAAUGGACUUUCCUACCGAUUUUUGUUAUUGUCAAGGAAACCUCCAUAAAAGUAAAGGUUUUUUUUUCUGGUUAUUUUCCUUUGAAUUUUACUUUUGUACAAGGUACAUUUCUCUUUUAUUUUUCUUUUUGUAAUUAUUUAAUUAAUCAUUUAUCCAUUUGUGUUUCCAGCAUCAUGAUUUUAGAAAGGUAUGUUUCUUAUCUUAUCAUAAUAAUAGGGAGAAAGAAUAUAAAGAAACGUUUUUUUAUUGAUAAAAUGUUAAAGUACUAAAAAUGAGGUUAAUGCUAGAUUUAGGAUUUAAUAGGCAUAACUCUAAAAAUAAGGAAAGUUAGUUCAGAGAGUUUUCUGCACAAACUUGGCUUGGGAAAAUGAAAUUGUGCCUUUUGAGUUUUCCCUUAUUUAUAUUUAUAGACAUUUCUCUACAUUUUGUAUGUGUAAUGGGAUUAUUCAACAUUGACUCCCAGAUUGAAUAAAUCAUUUUUUUCUUGUAUAAGAUUUUUCAACAUGGUUCUCUGAUUGGUACUCAUCAUUUUGUCCUUGGAUGAUAAUUCAAUUCAUGUCAUUAUCAUUUUCAUUUAUUGGGUUGUAAGCCAUACUUGAUGGCCGCUGGAGCCCUUUUCUCAAAGAAUUUAUUUUUCUUGCAUUGUAGGUGAUUGUUAACAUUUCAUUUUGUAUCAAUUAGUAUUGCUAUGUAUUUUUUAUCACUAGCAUAUUAUUUUAUUAGUAUUGAGAGAUGAAUAACCUGCAUCACUUGUAGUGUUAUUGCUGUAGCAAAUGUUGGUUUUGUGCCCAAAAAAGUACACACAUAUUGAGCUUUCUUUGUUUGUUUCCUUUCUUUUUACUAGCUUAUGUCAACCAAUUAUUCGAUUAUUCAAACAAUAUACAUGCCAGACAUCUUCAUUUUAAGCACAAUGGUUAUAAAUUUCAACUGAUUUAACGAAACUGAUGCAGAAGUUACAGGAUAGUAAUUUUUCCCUUCUCUGCUUUUGAAACUGUGACAAAAAGAUCAGUAAACCCCACUCACUGGCAUAGGAACUAAUGGUUGUACAUUCAGCAAUUUGCCUAUUUUAGGUACAGCCUUUAUGGCUUGUUAAAGCCAGUUAAUCACCCCCACCCAAAAGAGAAAAAAAUGCCCGCAGUCACAUUUUUUUGGGUGUUUUCUUMUUGGUUUCAUUUUUUUAACGUUUUUUUACUAUCAUUUAGAAGGUAGACAUUUUAGUUUGUAGCAUAGAGGUGCAUUACGGUCCAUGUCUCAGUUCUGUUCUUCAUUUGAAAAUGAUCAAGUUUAUGUUAAAAAACAUGCUGUGGCUCCAUGUUGGACGCUGGAACUCCAAUAUAAUAGUCCAACAUCUGGCUGCAUUUGGUGAAUCCCUGUUGUUUUAGCUGCAUCUGCUGCAAUCCUAAUUUAACCAUGGUCCUAGUUUCUAUGGGAUGGCAGGUGGAUCCUCGGGUAAAUUUAUCUGAGCCAAAGAAACAUCUUGGCCUGUUUGUUGCACGAAAUUGUGGCCUUAGAAGGAAUCGAGAUUUACUGAAGUGAAUUGGCUUGUGCGUGAGUAAAAUAACAUAUUUUCUAUGGAUUUCUUGGCUAAUUGUUGCCGUGCCUGUUAUUAAAGGUAGGAUUUUCUUUUUCUUUAUUUCUUGCUUCUACUUUAAUUAGUGGGCAUACUUCCAAAAACAGUAACAAUACAUUCAAAAACGGUAAAGAAAAUGUAAUUGAUCGUUUACAUGGAAAAAACCCAAAUGCUAUUAUCUUUUCUCAGUGUCUUUGAAGCUUGCUGGGGCUUCUAUUUAUGUAAUGACAGCUGAACCGUGGAAAGUCAACUGAAGCUUGCUGGGUUAUACAUGCUCCUCUCCAAAUGCAAUGUUUCCAAUAUGGUUCAGACUUGUUGAAUCCAAUCAGUGAACUGUCGAUUGACUUGAUUGUAGACAUUUUUGUCAAGACAUUGACAUUCAGAUGUUCCUGUAACUCAACCCUUUUUGUUGGACUGAGAUUGACAUAUGACUAUUGGGUAUCGUAGAUCUAUAAGAUGCAUUUACAUGUGUUUUGUAU